AUGGCAAGAAGUUCCACUCCUAAUAGUAGUAGUAGUGGGGGUAAGAAACUCUUGAAUAAAAAUCAAUUGUUCAAAAGAAAUAAAAUUGCCAAUGCAAGAAUCAUUAGGUCACAAGCUGUGACUUAUUCAUUAAAGGAUAAGAGUAAUGAUUCAGAGGUGAAGGAGCUCUCCGAAUCUGGAGGGAUGUUGAAUGUUAACACAUUCAUUGAUUCAAGAUCGUAUGAAAUUAAACAAUUGCAAUUGGCAAUUCAUAACUCGAAAAAUUCAAACUCUACAAGAGUGUUUCAAGAUUUACCAAGAAAACUACGUAGAAGAACUGCCUCUCAUAAUGUAAGAAGAAUUCCUAAACGUUUAAGAAAUAGAGCCAUUAAAGAAAUGUUGAAGACUGAUCAACAAACCAUUAAGAAAAAAAAAUCAAAUAAUUCACAAAAGAAUGGGUUGACAUCCAGACAGCUGUAUAGGGCCAAAAUGUCUGUUAAAUUGUUAAGAUUAGCCACUAAAACGAUGGCUUUGAAAUUAUCAUUACCCGAUGAACUAUUAGGUUCAAGAACUGUUAAUUUACGUUCCAAAAUUAAAGCUUUACAGAAUUUGAUUAAAAAUCAAAAAAAUGCUAAAAAAAAUACCAAAAAUUCUUCAAUUGCCAUUUUAAAUAAUCAAUUAGGUUGUUAUGAUAAUACAGGUAUAAAUGAAUUAGCACCAAAACUUAAAGGUAGAAUUAAAUAUAUAAAAAGACAAUCUGAUUUCAUUUGGUUGACAACUCAUGUUUGGAAUGCUAAAAGAUGCCAUAUGAUUAAACGAUGGGGGUAUCAAAUACCUUGGUCUCCAACUCAGAAAUGUUUUAGAUUGGCACAUAGAAUUGGUAAUGAUGUGGCUAAAUCAGACGGUGCUCUUGUUCAAGACACUUCAUUCAUUGGUACAUUAAUAUUAAUUCAUAAAGAUUCCGCCAUAUUAAUAAAUAUUAUUUCAAGAUUAAUAAAUCAAAAAAAAAUAUCUUCCAAAUAUAUUCAAUCUUCGUAUUGGUUUUCAGGAUUAUGCUAUGAUAUAAACUCUAAUGAUUUGGAAAUAUUGGGUUCAGUAGAACUAUUAUGGCUAAACCCAACAAAAGUUAUGAUCAGAUUACAUCCUUCCAUCUAUGCGACAGUAUUCAAACUUUUACAACAAUUGGAUGAUAAAGAUUUGAUUUUAAAUGAUUGCCGUUAUUCUCUUGGUAGUAUUACUAUUAAAGGUGCAAAAUCUUUGACCGCAUUGUCUUCUAUCUUAAGAACACCUACUAAUGAUUCACAAUCUUUUAAACUUUUUAAAAAAAUUGCCUCUAUUACUGAUUCAUCAGUUUUACCCAAACGUUGCUUAUUCGGAUUAAAUGCAAUAGAUCCAAGGUUUUUAAAUAAACCUCAGCCUUUAACAAAAGAAAGUAUUUCUAUUGAUGAUAUAAUUGAAUUGAAUAACAAAUUUAUUGACUCAUCUAUUAAAGAUGAAUAUAAUCAAGUAGUAGAUGAUUUAACAAAUCCUUCAAAGAGAAAUGAGUCUUAUAAGAACUUUUCAACUUUAAAACAAUUGGCAAGAAGACGCCAAAGUUUAUUAUCUCAUCCUAACCAAAACUCAAAUUUUCAUUUCAAUAAUACGAUACAAUUCAAUCCUAAAAGAGAUAGUUCGAUUCCACUUCUCUUAAUCAGAAGACCAAAAGAAAAUGAUUGGGUAUUAAUAGUUCCUUGGUUUUGGAUUUUACCAUUUUGGUAUCAAUUGAAUAGAAUUUCAAGAAUUCAUCAUUCUGGAUUAAGACAAUUUCAACAAUUAAAUUUUGAAAGGAAAAAAUUAUAUUUCCCUGAUGAUUAUCCAUUCACUAAGAUUGGAUAUUUGGAAAAUUCCUUAUAUAAAAGCCAAGCAUCAAGACUAAGAUGGGAAAAAAAACCACUAAGUAAAAGAGUAAAUUAUUCCAAGAUAAAAGAUAUACAUAGGAUUGAUACAGUGGGAAAUCAAAAAGUAGAAUUAUUGAACUUCAAUACAGGUGAAUUGGGUGAUUAUUUCAGUUGUGAUUGGAAAUUUUUACAGAUUUUACAUAAUGGUAUUAAAUACUUAUUACAAGAAAAUAAUAAUUCAUCAAUUAACUUAAUCAAUUCAAAUCGUACUUCACAAUUUGAUGAAAAUGGAAAUAGGCUAAUUGAAGUAGUUAAUGACUUAUUUGAAUAUUAUAAGGAUAUCGUUUCUCAAGCCUCAUUCGAUAAUUCAACCUUACCGAUUUGCUUAAAGAAUGCACAACCAAAAUCUAAAUGGAGCCGUACAGAUAUCAAUAUAACACCAUUACCUGUCAUGCCAAUUUCAUGUACAAUGAUGGGGAAAGGCCACCCAAAAGAUAAUGCAAGAAUUUAUAAAAUACCUCAAAAGGAUGUAACUCAUUAG